GCUCACGAAGGCUCUGAGCGGCGGGCGACGCAACCAGGCCCAGGGGCCACAGGUAGCGCGCUCCCUAGCUGCUACCGGGCGGGCAGAAGCCCCCAGUCUUCGGCCUCCGCGCAAGCGACGCCGGGAAAUGCCCACAUCCGGGAAACCUGCAACGGAGUGCGGCGGCGGCGACAUUGAGUGGAAGGCAAAAUGGCGGCGGCGGCGGUGGCCUGGUGUUAAGGGGAGAGUCAGGUCCUCGCGACCCCCGCGACGGGCUACACUGGCCCGCGGCAGCCCUCUGGCGUCUCUACCGCUGUGCCCCACCAGGGAUACUUGGGGUUGCUGGGACGGGCUCCGGCCGCCUAGGCGCCCGCCCUCGGGCCGGUGGCCGCUGUCCAGGAGCUCUCCUUUCCCCUCCAGAGUUAAUUAUUUAUAUUGUAAAGAAUUUUAAUAGUCCUGGGGACUUCCUUGAAGGAUCAUUUUCACUUUUGCUCAGAAGAAAGCUCUGGAUCUAUCAAAUAAAGAAGUCUUUCGUGUGGGCUACACAUAUAGAUGUUUUCAUGAAGAGGAGUGAAAAGCCAGAAGGAUAUAGACAAAUGAGGCCUAAGACCUUUCCUGCCAGUAACUAUACUGGCAGUAGCCGGCAAAUGUUACAAGAAAUUCGGGAAUCCCUUAGGAAUUUAUCUAAACCAUCAGAUGCUGCUAAGGCUGAGCAUAACAUGAGUAAAAUGUCAACUGAAGAUCCUCGACAAGUCAGAAAUCCACCCAAAUUUGGGACACAUCAUAAAGCCUUGCAGGAAAUUCGAAAUUCUCUGCUUCCAUUUGCAAAUGAAACAAAUUCUCGUAGUACUUCAGAAGUUAAUCCACAAAUGCUUCAAGACUUACAAGCUGCUGGAUUUGAUGAGGAUAUGGUUAUACAAGCUCUUCAGAAAACAAACAACAGAAGUAUAGAAGCAGCAAUUGAAUUCAUUAGUAAAAUGAGUUACCAAGAUCCACGACGAGAGCAGAUGGCUGCGGCAGCUGCCAGACCUGUUAAUGCCAGCAUGAAGCCAGGGAAUGUGCAACAAUCAGUUAACCGCAAACAGAGCUGGAAAGGUUCUAAAGAGUCCUUAGUUCCUCAGAGACAUGGUCCACCACUAGGAGAAAGUGUGGCCUAUCAUUCUGAGAGUCCCAGCUCACAGACAGAUGUAGGAAGACCUUUGUCUGGAUCUGGUAUAACAGCAUUUUCUCAAGCUCACCCUAGCAACGGACAGAGAGUGAACCCCCUACCACCACCUCAAGUAAGGAGUGUCACUCCUCCACCACCUCCGAGAGGCCAGACUCCCCCUCCAAGAGGUACAACUCCACCUCCUCCUUCAUGGGAACCAAACUCUCAAACAAAGCGCUAUUCUGGGAAUAUGGAAUACGUAAUCUCCCGAAUCUCUCCUGUCCCACCUGGGACAUGGCAAGAGGGCUAUCCACCACCACCUCUCAACACUUCCCCCAUGAAUCCUCCUAAUCAGGGACAGAGAGGCAUUAGUUCUGUUCCUGUUGGCAGACAACCAAUCAUCAUGCAGAGUUCUAGCAAAUUUAACUUUCCAUCAGGGAGACCUGGAAUGCAGAAUGGUACUGGACAGACGGAUUUCAUGAUACACCAAAAUGUUGUCCCCGCUGGCACUGUGAAUCGGCAGCCACCACCUCCAUAUCCUCUGACCGCAGCUAAUGGACAAAGCCCUUCUGCUUUACAAACAGGGGGAUCUGCUGCUCCUUCAUCAUAUACAAAUGGAAAUAUUCCUCAGUCUAUGAUGGUGCCAAACAGAAACAGUCAUAACAUGGAACUAUAUAACAUUAAUGUACCUGGACUGCAGACAAAUUGGCCUCAGUCAUCUUCUGCUCCAACCCAGUCAUCCCCAAGCAGUGGGCAUGAAAUCCCUACCUGGCAACCUAACAUACCAGUGAGGUCAAAUUCUUUUAAUAACCCGUUAGGAAAUAGAGCAAGUCACUCUGCUAAUUCUCAGCCUUCUGCUACAACAGUCACUGCAAUUACACCAGCUCCUAUUCAACAGCCUGUGAAAAGCAUGCGUGUACUAAAACCAGAGCUACAGACUGCUUUAGCACCUACACACCCUUCUUGGAUACCACAGCCAAUUCAAGCUGUUCAACCCAGUCCUUUUUCUGAGGGAACCACUUCAAAUGUGACUGUGAUGCCACCUGUUGCUGAAGCUCCAAACUAUCAAGGACCACCACCACCCUACCCAAAACACCUGCUGCACCAAAACCCAUCUGUUCCUCCAUAUGAAUCAAUCAGUAAGCCUAGCAAAGAGGAUCAGCCAAGCUUGCCCAAGGAGGAUGAGAGUGAAAAGAGUUAUGAAAAUGUUGAUAGUGGAGAUAAAGAAAAGAAACAAAUUACAACUUCCCCCAUCACCGUUAGGAAAAACAAGAAAGAUGAAGAGCGAAGGGAAUCUCGUAUUCAAAGUUAUUCUCCUCAAGCAUUUAAAUUCUUUAUGGAGCAACAUGUAGAAAAUGUACUCAAAUCUCAUCAGCAGCGUCUACAUCGUAAAAAACAAUUAGAGAAUGAAAUGAUGCGGGUUGGAUUAUCUCAAGAUGCCCAGGAUCAAAUGAGAAAGAUGCUUUGCCAAAAAGAAUCUAAUUACAUUCGUCUUAAAAGGGCUAAAAUGGACAAGUCUAUGUUUGUGAAGAUAAAGACACUAGGAAUAGGAGCAUUUGGUGAAGUCUGUCUAGCAAGAAAAGUAGAUACUAAGGCUUUGUAUGCAACAAAAACUCUUCGAAAGAAAGAUGUUCUGCUUCGAAAUCAAGUUGCUCAUGUUAAAGCUGAGAGAGAUAUCCUGGCUGAAGCUGACAAUGAAUGGGUAGUUCGUCUAUAUUAUUCAUUCCAAGAUAAGGACAAUUUAUACUUUGUAAUGGACUACAUUCCUGGGGGUGAUAUGAUGAGCCUAUUAAUUAGAAUGGGCAUCUUUCCAGAAAACCUGGCACGAUUCUACAUAGCAGAACUUACCUGUGCAGUUGAAAGUGUUCAUAAAAUGGGUUUUAUUCAUAGAGAUAUUAAACCUGAUAAUAUUUUGAUUGAUCGUGAUGGUCAUAUUAAAUUGACUGACUUUGGCCUCUGCACUGGCUUCAGAUGGACACACGAUUCUAAGUACUAUCAGAGUGGUGACCAUCCAAGGCAAGAUAGCAUGGAUUUCAGUAAUGAGUGGGGGGAUCCCUCAAGCUGUCGAUGUGGAGACAGACUGAAGCCAUUAGAGCGGAGAGCUGCACGCCAGCACCAGCGAUGUCUAGCACAUUCUUUGGUUGGGACUCCCAAUUAUAUUGCACCUGAAGUGUUGCUACGAACAGGAUACACACAGUUAUGUGAUUGGUGGAGUGUUGGUGUUAUUCUUUUUGAAAUGCUGGUGGGACAACCUCCUUUCUUGGCACAAACACCAUUAGAAACACAAAUGAAGGUUAUCAACUGGCAAACAUCUCUUCACAUUCCACCACAAGCUAAACUCAGUCCUGAAGCUUCUGACCUUAUUAUUAAACUUUGCCGAGGACCCGAAGAUCGCUUAGGCAAGAAUGGUGCUGAUGAAAUAAAAGCUCAUCCAUUUUUUAAAACAAUUGAUUUCUCCAGUGACCUGAGACAGCAGUCUGCGUCAUACAUUCCUAAAAUCACACACCCAACAGAUACAUCAAAUUUUGAUCCUGUUGAUCCUGAUAAGUUAUGGAGUGAUGAUAACGAGGAAGAAAAUGUAAAUGACACUCUCAAUGGAUGGUAUAAAAAUGGAAAGCAUCCUGAACAUGCAUUCUAUGAAUUUACCUUCCGGAGAUUUUUUGAUGACAAUGGCUACCCUUAUAAUUAUCCGAAGCCUAUUGAAUAUGAAUACAUUAAUUCACAAGGCUCAGAGCAGCAGUCGGAUGAAGAUGAUCAACACACAGGCUCAGAGAUUAAAAAUCGAGAUCUAGUGUAUGUUUAACAUGCUAGUAAAUAAAUUAAUGAGGAUUUG